UUUUUGUGCGCGACUCAUCUCGUUAUCUCUCAUAAUCGUCGUAAAUUGUUAAUUUCCUAUAGUAAAAAACCAAUAAUAAUGAGUGCUAAAUGUAAAAUAAUUUGUUAAAUUUGACAACAAAACGGACGCGAUGUGAGCAUUUGGGUUUAAUUAAUCUCUAGCCAGCUUGGACCACACGCAAAGAGAGGGCGUCAACAAAGGGCGAAACAGUGCAGGAAGAAGAAGAGUGGAAUAUUCAACGUCGUUCUUUCUCAUACAUACAAACUAAGCAAACAAACAAAUACAUAGAUAUUCAUUUUCACUAUAGUUAGUGGUAUAAAUAGUGAACGAAACCAGCCAUGAGUAACCACAGAUAUCACGGCGGCGGCAGUUACAUGCACCCGAGAAUGUAUCCACAUCAUUUUACAUACGUUUCCAGCUGUGUGAAAUAUUUGAUCUUUUUGCUGAACUUUUUGUUCUGGCUGUUUGGAGGUCUCUUGAUGGCCAUUGGUAUCUAUGCGUUCAUGGACAAGCUUAAGGAUGGAAAUGGAUGGGUUCGGCUCGAGACCAUCUACGAUGUCAUCUUUAACAUAUCCCUAGUUAUGAUCAUCGCAGGCAUUGUGAUAUUUGUGGUCAGCUUUGCGGGUUGCCUGGGCGCUCUAAGGGAGAACACUUGUUUGCUCAAAUUCUACUCGAUGUGCCUGCUAGUCUUCUUUCUUAUGGAAAUGGCCAUAGCCAUCAUUUGCUUUGUCUUCCCUCAAAACAUGAAUUCAUUCCUGGAACUGCAGUUUACGGACAAGAUUAUACAUUCCUAUCGCGACGACUCGGAUCUUCAGAAUUUCAUCGAUUUUGCACAGCAGGAGUUCAAGUGCUGUGGCCUCAGCAAUGCAGGUUAUCAGGAUUGGAGCAAAAAUGAAUAUUUCAACUGUUCUUCGCCGUCGGUAGAGAAGUGUGGCGUGCCCUACAGUUGCUGCAUAAAUGCUACGGACAUAAGCUCUGGCCUAGUCAACAUUAUGUGCGGCUAUGGAGUGCAAGAGCAUUCGGUGGCGGCGGCCAGCAAACGCAUAUGGACUAGCGGCUGCAUUGAGAUCGUGCGAGUUUGGGCCGAACGCAAUCUGUAUGUAAUCGCUGGCGUUGCUUUAGGCAUUGCGCUAUUGCAGCUGUUUGUUAUUUAUUUGGCCAAGACUCUGGAGGGUCAAAUUGAAAUGCAAAAGUCGCGCUGGUCGUGAGUGCCAUAGCACCCGGUCUUUUACGGGUAUCCAUUCGAUGAUUUCUACUACUACGACACCCAAAUGUAAACGAUGCGACUUGCGACUUGGUUGUGUUGCUAGCCAAGUUAAAUAUCUCUAUAUCUUUGUCAAGUUAAUCUGGUCCGCGCAGUGCUCAAACAAAUUUCACAACACUUUUAUCAAUUAGUAUUAACCAAAUACGGUCGAGACAACACACUCGACUGUUUGCAUUUCAUGAAUACUCUUCUUGCCUUUUGAUAAUUUCGAAUUUCAGUAUUCCUCUUUAUUCUCGACCAUUUCUUCCGCUCUGAAUACUAGUUGUAGUCCUUAUACAUCUAUACUCAAAUAAUCAUAGACAUUAUUAUUGUAUU